AUGUUCAGAAAACGCUUCAUUCCAGACGAUUACACCUUUGAUGUUUACAAGCCAAUUCAAUCUCUGAAAAAGAUCAAUGUCACAAUUGCGCUCUACAAUAUUGCUGCCUAUUUGGCAACUCAUGCUGGAACCAAUUACAUUGCUGCCUCAUUUGUGUUGUUGAGUAUUGACCACUCAGUUUUUAUUUGGAAGGAAACUUAUGGAGGGCCCAUAUUUUGUGGAAUUGUCCUGUACUUUACUUUGAAGAUGUUUUAUGGCAACGUAACUUCAUCCUCCGAGAAAGCAAAGAAACAACAAUAA